CUCUGGUUUUAUUUUGUAAAAAGUAUGGCGUCUCAAGGAGAAAGAGGGGUUCCAAGAAUUUUGACGAAAUUGGAAAACUCCAUCAAAUCGGGAAAUUAUUAUGAAGCUCACCAGAUGUAUCGCACUUUAUAUUUUAGGUACUUAGGUCAAGAAAAAUAUGAUGAUUUAUACCAAAUGCUAUAUAAUGGUUCAUUAUUAUUUCUAGACCAUGAUCAGCAAAUAUGCGGUGCAGACCUAGCAAAAUUGUUAGUGGACGUAUUAAUCAAAGCAGGGGAGACAAAUGUGGUCAAAUGGAGUUCAAAGCUGUGUAAUAUAUUUUCUAAAUUAGACCCAUCAAAUCCUGAAAGGGAUACAUUUAUGGCCAGUGCUAUUAAAUGGUCUGCUAAGGACAGCCCUCGAGGUAACCCAUUUUUGCAUCAGUGUAUAGCAGAGAUAUAUUGGAAAGAAAAAAAUUAUUCACAAGCUCGUCACCAUUAUAUGCUUUCGAAUGAUGGUGAAAGUUGUGCAAAAAUGUUGAUAGAGUAUCACAUGAAAUAUGGGUACCGAAGAGAAUUAGACCUUUUUAUAACUCAAGCUGUGUUGCAGUAUUUGAGUUUAAAUAAUUUAGGAACAGCUAAUGAAGUUUUUGAAACUUAUGUGGCACAACAUCCUUUGAUAAAAAGGAAUAAAAUACCAUUUUCUGAACCUCUGCUGAAUUUUUCUUCAUUUAUCUUAACUAUAAUCAAUAAAAAUAACUUUGGUUCAUUUUUAACACUUUGUGAAUUAUAUGAAAUUGCCUUGAAAAAAGAUCCUAGUUAUGCAGAUAUGGUAGAAAGAGUAGGACAGGUUUUCUUUGGGAUCAAACAAAGGGAAGAUAGAAAUCAAGGCAUAUUUGGAAAUCUAUUUGAUAUGUUGAGAAUGAGAACUAGAGACAGUGAUAGCGAUGAUGACUCAGCUUUUGGAACCUCUUCUUCUUCCAGAAUGAGCAAUAGAUUAUUGGAUAACACCGAUUUGGAUUAACAUCAAAGUUGAUGAAGGUUGGAUUAAUUCCGAGAAAUCUUCCAUUGACUGUGGAAUUUUCAAGCCUCUGUAUCGAUAAUUUUUGAAUGGAGCUCCACAUUGAUAAGUGACAUUUUCAUUUUAACGAAUGUUUGAGUGUUAUUGGUAGAUUUGGAUGUUGGAAGGUCAUCUGCUUAAAAUGUUACUUAUUUUUUUAACGAAUAAAAAACAAUUAUUUUAUGUGCAAUUUGAAAAUAUUCACAUUUUUACAUUGAAAUUUGAGGAACAGCCUUGGGAAAUUUUUCAAAUUGUUUUUUCACGUUACCAAAUAUUCAAGAAAAGGAUGCAUUAUUCUGGUAGAUAUAAAAAGGGUCAUAUUUCCAUUAUUUUGUACACAUAAUUUCACAUUUGGAACUAUUAUUGGAGAUUCACAUUAAUGUUCAAAAUUGUAGUUCGGGGUUAGAAUAAAAUGAUUUUUAAGUGCUUAUUAGUUUUUUCAACUUAUUCAGUACACUAAUGAUUAUUCAUUUAUAUGGAAUUGUAUAUACAGCAAUUAACUGUAGUUGGAAUAAAUAUUCUUUAUUUUGUCACUUUUGUCAUACACCAUAUUUCAAUAUUGAAUUUGUUCAAUCUUAGCUAUUUCCAACAGGUCAAAUAAUGAUUUUUACAGUGCUUCAUAGCGAUAAUUACCAGUUUACAGCAGAAAAUUCCGAGGCCAAUCCUUGUUUACUAGGAAGGAGAUGAAAACUCUUUUUUCAAGGCUGUAAUUGUUCAGAACAUCUUUUCUUUUAGAACCCCUUACUUUGAGAUCAUAAAAUGCAUGCUCAUUUUCAAUCAAUCUUCAUAUUGUGACUAGAUUGCAACUAUUUGUAAAUAUUUUAAAAAGAAAUUUUCUACUGAAAGUAUAUUGAUAAUUAUGUAUCUUUAUUUUGUCAAAUGUGUUCCUCUAUAAUUUGAAUAUCUCAAUAAUGAGGAAAGGUGAAUGAAUAAAAAAGUUUCUAAA